AUGAACCAGAUAGAGCCCGGCGUGCAGUACAACUACGUGUACGACGAGGAUGAGUACAUGAUCCAGGAGGAGGAGUGGGACCGCGACCUGCUCCUGGACCCGGCCUGGGAGAAGCAGCAGAGAAAGACCUUCACUGCCUGGUGUAACUCCCACCUAAGGAAAGCUGGCACCCAAAUUGAGAACAUCGAAGAAGACUUCAGGAAUGGCCUUAAGCUCAUGCUGCUUUUGGAAGUCAUCUCAGGGGAAAGGCUGCCCAAACCUGACCGAGGAAAAAUGCGGUUCCACAAAAUUGCUAAUGUCAACAAAGCUUUGGAUUACAUAGCCAGCAAAGGGGUGAAACUGGUGUCCAUCGGGGCUGAAGAAAUUGUUGAUGGCAACGUGAAGAUGACCCUGGGCAUGAUCUGGACCAUCAUCCUUCGCUUUGCUAUUCAGGAUAUUUCGGUUGAAGAAACAUCUGCCAAAGAAGGUCUGCUGCUUUGGUGUCAGAGGAAAACCGCUCCUUAUAGAAAUGUAAACAUUCAGAACUUCCAUACUAGCUGGAAAGAUGGCCUUGGACUCUGUGCCCUCAUCCACCGACACCGGCCUGACCUCAUUGACUACUCAAAGCUUAACAAGGAUGACCCCAUAGGCAAUAUUAACCUGGCCAUGGAAAUCGCUGAGAAGCACCUGGAUAUUCCUAAAAUGCUGGAUGCUGAAGACAUCGUGAACACCCCUAAACCCGAUGAAAGAGCCAUCAUGACGUACGUCUCUUGCUUCUACCACGCUUUUGCGGGCGCGGAGCAGGCCGAGACAGCGGCUAACAGGAUAUGUAAGGUUCUUGCUGUGAAUCAAGAGAAUGAGAGGCUGAUGGAAGAAUAUGAGAGGCUAGCGAGUGAGCUUUUGGAAUGGAUUCGUCGCACGAUCCCCUGGCUGGAGAACCGGACUCCUGAGAAGACAAUGCAGGCCAUGCAGAAGAAGCUGGAGGACUUCCGGGAUUACCGCCGGAAGCACAAGCCACCCAAGGUGCAGGAGAAAUGCCAGCUGGAGAUCAAUUUCAACACAUUGCAGACCAAGCUGCGGAUCAGCAACCGGCCUGCCUUCAUGCCCUCCGAAGGCAAGAUGGUGUCGGAUAUUGCUGGUGCCUGGCAGAGGCUGGAGCAGGCUGAGAAGGGCUACGAGGAGUGGUUACUCAAUGAGAUUCGGAGACUGGAGCGCUUGGAACACCUGGCUGAGAAGUUCAGGCAAAAGGCCUCAACCCACGAGACUUGGGCUUAUGGCAAAGAGCAGAUCUUGCUGCAGAAGGAUUAUGAGUCGGCAUCGCUGACAGAGGUUCGCGCUCUGCUGCGGAAGCACGAGGCGUUCGAGAGCGACUUGGCAGCGCACCAGGACCGCGUGGAGCAGAUCGCAGCCAUCGCGCAGGAGCUCAAUGAACUGGACUAUCACGACGCUGUCAAUGUCAACGAUCGGUGCCAGAAAAUUUGUGACCAGUGGGACCGACUGGGAACACUUACUCAGAAGAGGAGAGAAGCCCUGGAGAGAAUGGAGAAAUUGCUAGAAACCAUUGAUCAGCUUCACCUGGAGUUUGCCAAGAGGGCUGCUCCUUUCAACAAUUGGAUGGAAGGCGCUAUGGAGGAUCUGCAAGAUAUGUUCAUUGUCCACAGCAUUGAGGAGAUCCAGAGUUUGAUCACUGCGCAUGAGCAGUUCAAGGCCACGCUGCCCGAGGCAGACGGAGAGCGGCAGUCCAUCAUGGCCAUCCAGAACGAGGUGGAGAAGGUGAUUCAGAGCUACAGUAUCAGAAUCAGCUCGAGCAACCCGUACAGCACUGUCACCAUGGAUGAGCUCCGGACCAAGUGGGACAAGGUGAAGCAACUCGUGCCCAUCCGCGAUCAGUCCCUGCAGGAGGAGCUGGCUCGCCAGCAUGCUAACGAGCGUCUGAGGCGCCAGUUUGCUGCACAAGCCAAUGCCAUUGGGCCCUGGAUCCAAAACAAGAUGGAGGAGAUUGCCCGGAGCUCCAUCCAGAUCACAGGAGCCCUGGAGGACCAGAUGAAUCAGCUGAAGCAGUACGAGCACAACAUCAUCAACUACAAGAACAACAUCGACAAGCUGGAGGGAGACCAUCAGCUCAUCCAGGAGGCCCUUGUCUUUGACAACAAGCACACCAACUACACGAUGGAGCACAUUCGUGUUGGAUGGGAGCUGCUGCUGACCACCAUCGCCAGAACCAUCAAUGAGGUGGAGACUCAGAUCCUGACGAGAGACGCGAAGGGCAUCACCCAGGAGCAGAUGAAUGAGUUCAGAGCCUCCUUCAACCACUUUGACAGGAGGAAGAAUGGCCUGAUGGAUCAUGAGGAUUUCAGAGCCUGCCUGAUUUCCAUGGGUUAUGACCUGGGUGAAGCCGAAUUUGCCCGCAUUAUGACCCUGGUAGAUCCCAACGGGCAAGGUACCGUCACCUUCCAAUCCUUCAUCGACUUCAUGACUAGAGAGACGGCCGACACGGAUACCGCCGAGCAGGUCAUCGCCUCCUUCCGGAUCCUGGCUUCUGAUAAGCCAUACAUCCUGGCGGAGGAGCUGCGUCGGGAGCUGCCCCCGGAUCAGGCCCAGUACUGCAUCAAGAGGAUGCCCGCCUACUCGGGCCCAGGCAGCGUGCCUGGCGCCCUGGAUUACACCGCGUUCUCCUCCGCACUCUAUGGAGAGAGCGAUCUGUGACAUUGAGGUUCUGUAAUCACCGAUCCCAUCAGAACGCAAUAAAAGCAGAAGUCACAGUUGGUUUCCUGGAAACUUUGAUAGGCUUUAUUAAGUUGGGAGAGAGAGGGGGGAAAAAAAAAGCCUUUUGUAGUUCAGUAAUUGCCAGCAAUAUAACACGGCUAAAAUGAAGUUUCUACAGUAUAUGACAUAGUACGCUUCAUAAAUAGGUUUAUUUCUGAGUUUUUAGCUAAAUGUAAUGAAAUAUCAGGUUGAUUUCUUUGAUUAAACGGAACAAAUUACUUGAGUAGUAGGAAAUUAGGAGGAUCUAGGGACAGAAGGAAAGUGAAAAAUGUGAAAAUACAAAAUACCCAAGAUUUAAGACCGGGGGGGGGGGAAUCCACAAAUUGGUAAAUAAAGGUUUGCUAUUUGUAAAAAAUUUCAUUUAUCUCUAAUAUGCCUAUGUGAUUGCCCCUAGGGGAGUAUAUUUGGGAUUCUAAUGUUUUAUUUUCAUGCUUAUCCAAAGAUUACUAUUGUGUCUUCAAAUGAAUAUAAUUGUGAGAUGGAACUGCCAGGGAUUAAAAAGACUAUCAAAAAGA